AUGAUGUCAUCGAAAUUUCGAACCGAAGACGCGUGGAUCAUUGGCCAACGGAUGGCCGCCCGUCUCGACCAUGAAGCCUAUCCGCUGCACAAGGCAGCAUUCUUCAAUGAUACACAUUCCAUUGUUCAGUUACUACGCGCUGGAAGGAGUCUAUCCGAGAAGGAUAUGCACGGAAACACGGCUCUGCACAUCGCCACAAUGUUGGGACAUCGAGAAGCGAUUGCGAUGUUGUUGGCCAAUAAUGCACCGGUUCGAAUCAAAAAUAUCGAUGGGUGGAAUCCACUGAUGGAGUCGGUUAGCUAUGGAGAUCGACAAAUUAUAACCGAAAUGCUGCGAAAGCUGAAAACCCAGACGAACGAGAAGAUGACACGUGGCAAGCCGCACCUGAUGAAAAUGUUCCACGACCUGGGCGACUUUUAUAUGGAAUUCAAAUGGGACUUCCAGUCAUGGAUACCCCUCCUCUCGCGGAUCCUCCCAUCAGACGUCUGUCUAAUUUACAAAAAAGGGAAUCUCCUUCGAAUGGACACGACGUUAGCAGACUUCAGCGAGAGGAACUGGGAGCGAGGGGAUAUUACGUUCUUGUUCAAUGUGGAUGCACCGCCCGGCGAGCAGUUGGUUGUGAUGGACAACAAGACGAAGGUGUUCCAACGGGGCAGACGAGAGGAAUCAGAAGCGGAGAUUGACGAAGAGGUUGAUGUUCUGAUGUCGACAGAUAUCGUUAAUGCUCAUAUGUCCACAAAGACCGUUGGAUUUAAACAAGCCUACUCGGGAUGGGUAUUCAAACACGCGAGGGAAGAGCAAAUGGGCGACUUCCCGGUCAAUUUCUAUAGUGUUGAGGGUCUGAAGCUAACGACAAGGAAGCGGAGAGAGCAUCUGAGUAGUGAUGAUGUUAAGAAGAAUAAAUCGAUAUUGUCGAGUCUGACCAGUGGACAUACGGUUAAUGAUGAUGAGUUUGCGAGUCUCCAACACCGAAAAUCGCUGCCACCACCUGGCCGCUUGCCAACGACAUGGGAAGAGUACUCAGGAGCAGCUCCAGGAGCCCCACCUCAGAUGGGUCGUCCACAAAUCGUCAAAACCAACGAGAAACAGUUCAAAGCUCUGGUGGGGAUGAGUGAAGAGUUUCCGCUUUCAGUCGACGUUUUGGUGGAUCUACUGGAAGUCGUUGCGCCGUUUAAACAUUUGGACAAAUUGAGACGAUUCUGUUCGGCACGGCUACCACCCGGGUUUCCGGUUUGUGUUGAAAUCCCCCUGCUCGCCACCAUUGCCGCCAAAGUCACAUUUCAAAAGUUCCAAUUUUCCAAUAACAUCCACGAUAAACUAUUCACAAUUCCGACAUCGUAUCGCGAGGAUCCGACACGUUUUCCAGAUCUGUAA